AAAAUUUAAUUUUAUUGUUUGACAGCUUAGAAUUAUGGGAGGAGAUGUGAAUAGAAAAUGGUCGACGUCAUUGACAAGACGUGUGAAGCGAAUUUCAAAAAUUACAACACAUGAACUGUACAAUAAAAAAAGUUAUGAAUAUGAUUAUGCGAUAGUAGAACUAAAAACCCCCGUAAGAAAAAAUAAGAAUUUUUACCCAAUUCGACUAGUGGUUACAAGACCGAAACCCGAAACCCCUUGCGAAGUAGCCGGUUGGGGAAUUGUGAAGGAGGGGAGCAUUUUUGCAAGUAUUUACUUGAGGUAUGCGGAACUGAAAAUUAUCGAUUACGAAGAAUGCAAAUUUCAUAUGGAAUAUAUAUCCAAUAGGACGAUGCUUUGCGCAGGAAUCUAUGGACUCGGAGUCGAUGCUUGUUUGGGUGACUCCGGUGGUCCUUUAAUAUGCAAUGGUGAACUGGCUGGCAUCGUUUCCACUGGAAAAGGCUGCGGUAGAAAAGGGACAUAUGGCGUUUAUGCUGAUGUAGCUGCUGCUAUUAGUUGGAUUGAGAAAAGCACGAAAAAAGACCUUAUGCAACGCUAUGGAAUAAAUGAAGCAAAUGAUCAAAUAAUCGCAACCAGUACUUCCAAGCCAAUCCAAGUAAUUAUGACGGCUGUUCAGAUUACUCUACAUUUCAAAUACUCAUAUGAAGAAUCUUAUCCCAAAUGGCCUCUAUAUAUUCUUUUAUUUUUUUAUAUUUAUAACUAAUAAUUCUAAUUUAUUGCAAAUUAAUAAUAUAAAUAUAAAAAUUAAUAAAGUAUGUUGUCAAUAUUUA